GGUCUCCUGUUUGGUCUGGUUUUGGUUGUUUCUGCCAGGUUUUAAUUGAUUUAUCAAACCUUUAAGUUUCUCCUUAACCCCGGAUCCGACACAGAUCCGUUUGUUCUGCCGGCUCUAACCGUCCGCCACACCUCUGGUCCACUCCUUAGGCGUGCAUCAUUUGUCGACAUCCAUCCGCGCCCCCGAAGACAGCUCGGCACCCCGCCCGCGCGCGCUCCUCUGUGCGUAAAAGACCGCGGGAAGGGGUCUAGCGCGUGCAGGGAAGACCAGGUCUGUUCCGUUCCGGCAGCGGAUGCUCUGCUGAGAUCUUCAGGCGGCACGAGCGCACGGAGAUCUGAACCUCCAAAAACUCCAUGAUUGUGGAUCAGCUUGAAGAAGACCUCCAUGUGGAUCGAGAGUUGAAGAAGAAGCACCUGAGUCCAGUGGUGAGCUAGUGGAACCGCUCUCAGCUCAACGUUCUCGUCUGGGUGGUUUCUCCUCAUCCUCUUCACCUUCGUCAGACCAAGCGCCACCAUGUGUCCCUGUGCCUCUGCCGCCCCCUCGGUUCUCCUCCUCCUCGUCUUGCUCCUGUCGCUGCCUCCCUGCCAGCCAGAGUCCCAGCCUGGCGGGUCGAGCUCUGACCCGGACGUGAGAACGUUCAUCCCCUCUGAGCCUCCCUCCAACGCGUCGACGGCCCUGUCGUACGCCAACGGCACUUCGUCUGGAGGCGAUGACAAGUGCGACGAGGUGACGGUGUGCAAACCCGGCAUCCUGCUGCCCGUCUGGAAGCCCGUCGAUCCCGAGCUGGGUUACCAGGUGGCCCGAGCCGUGAUCUACUUCCUGUCACUGAUGUACAUGUUCCUGGGGGUUUCCAUCAUCGCAGAUCGUUUCAUGGCAUCCAUAGAGGUCAUCACAUCACAGGAGAAAGACGUGACCAUAACGAUGCCCAAUGGAGAAACAUCGGUGGCGACGGUUCGAAUCUGGAACGAAACGGUGUCCAACCUGACACUCAUGGCUCUGGGCUCCAGCGCUCCAGAGAUCCUGCUGUCUGUUAUUGAGGUGUGUGGUCACGAGUUCAAGGCCGGUCAGCUGGGCCCCGGCACCAUCGUCGGCAGCGCUGCUUUUAACAUGUUCGUGAUAAUCGGGAUCUGCGUCUGGACAAUCCCCAACGGAGAGUCGCGCAAGAUCAAACACCUCAGGGUGUUCUUCAUCACCGCCUUCUGGAGCAUCUUCGCCUACAUCUGGCUCUUCCUCAUCCUGUCUGUCAUGUCACCGGGCGUGGUUGAGAUCUGGGAGGCCGUCGUGACACUGCUCUUCUUCCCAGUCUGCGUCCUCCUGGCGUGGAUCGCAGACCGCCGCCUGCUCUUUUACAAGUACAUGGGCAAGCGUUACCGUGCAGACAAGCGUCGCGGCAUCGUCGUUGAGACGGAGGGGGACUUGACUCCCACCAAGAGCGGCAUGGAGAUGCUCGUGGAUGGGAAGUCCAGGGGUACAGUGGUCCCUGCGGGUAACUGUGGGGGCGGGGCACAGGAUGGCUCGGGGGCCACCGCAACCAACAGUGUUGGAGCCAUGGCAACAGGAGGGAACCUACCCAACUCCAACAGCAUGAUGGUCAACGCGGAGACCAGCAGGGAGCUGGACGAGAGCCGCAAGGAAGUGAUUCGCAUCCUGAAGGAGCUGAAGCAGAAAUAUCCUGACAAAGAGCUGGACCAGCUGGUGGAGCUGGCAAACUAUUACGCUCUGCUGCACCAGCAGAAGAGCAGAGCCUUUUACCGCGUACAGGCAACUCGGAUGAUGAUCGGAGCCGGAAACGUCUUGAAGAAGCACGCGGCCGACCACGCGCGGCGAGCAGUCGUGGUCGACGAGGAGGCGCCCGAGGACGCCGACCUGGCCGUGUGCAGCCGCAUCUCAUUUGAGAGUGCCCACAGUCAAUGCAUGGAGAACUGCGGCUUCCUGAUGCUGGCCGUGGUCUGCCAAGGAGGUCUUGGAGAAAACACCUUCUAUGUGGACUACAGAACCGAAGACGGUUCGGCCAACGCUGGGUCGGACUACGAUUACACCGAGGGAACCCUGGUGUUCAAACCCGGAGAAACGCGUAAAGAAAUUAAAAUUGGAAUAAUUGACGACGACAUUUUUGAGGAAGACGAGCACUUCUUCGUCCGUCUGCUUAACCUGCGUAUCGGCGAUGCAGAGGGGAUGUUUGAAAGUGACGAAGUGGGUGCCGCCCCCAAAGCUCGUUUAGUGGAGCCCCUGGUUGCCACGGUAACAAUCCUCGACGAUGACCACGCCGGCAUCUUCACAUUCAGCGAGCGCACAGUGCGUGUGAGUGAGAGCGUGGGAACCAUGGAGAUCACCGUGGUCCGUAACUCCGGCGCCCGGGGCACCGUCAUCCUGCCGUAUCACUCGGAGUCUGGCACCGCCAAGGGUGGAGAGGACUAUGAGGACGUGCAAGGAGAACUGGAGUUCACCAACGACCAGACCACUCAGACCCUGCAGGUGAGGAUCAUUGACGAUGAAGAAUAUGAGAAGCAUGAAAACUUCUUUAUCAUUCUGGAGGAGCCCCGCUGGCUGAAAAGAGGCAUCUCAGCUCUGCUGCUCAACCAAGAGGGGGGAGAGGGGCAGAUGAGUUCAGAGGAGGAGGAGGCUCGUCGCAUAGCGGAGAUGGGGAAGCCCAUUCUGGGGGAGCACAGCCGCUUGGAGGUGGUCAUCGAAGAGUCCUACGAGUUCAAGAGCACCGUCGACAAACUCAUAAAGAAGACCAACCUGGCUCUGGUCAUCGGGACGCACUCUUGGAGGGAACAGUUUGUAGAGGCGGUGACGGUCAGUGCAGGCGAUGGUGAUGAGGAUGAGGAAGGACGAGAAGAGCGCCUACCAUCUUGUUCUGAUUACUUCAUGCACUUUAUCACCGUCUUCUGGAAGGUUCUGUUUGCCUUCGUCCCCCCCACAGAGUACUGGAACGGCUGGGCCUGCUUCUUUGUGUCCAUCAGCGUCAUUGGGAUCCUUACCGCCGUCAUCGGCGAUUUGGCGUCGCAUUUUGGCUGCACCGUGGGGCUGCGGGACACUGUGACAGCUGUGGUGUUCGUGGCGUUGGGAACUUCGAUUCCAGACACAUUUGCGAGUAAAGUGGCCGCCGUGCAGGAUCAGCACGCCGAUGCCUCUGUCGGGAACGUAACCGGCAGCAAUGCCGUCAACGUCUUCCUGGGGAUUGGCGUGGCAUGGUCGGUGGCCGCCAUCUACUGGAAUAUCAAAGGAGAGAGCUUCCGGGUAGACCCGGGCUCACUGGCCUUCUCCGUCACGCUCUUCACCAUCUUUGCAUUCAUCUGUAUGGGGGUUCUCCUGUUCAGGCGCCGGCCCUCCAUCGGCGGGGAGCUUGGUGGCCCAAGGGUGCCCCGUAUCCUCACCACCCUGCUGUUCUUUGGCCUGUGGUUUCUCUACAUCCUGUUCUCCAGCCUGGAGGCCUACUGCCACAUCAGCGGCUUUUAAACUGGGAGCUGCUCCGGAAGCAUCUUGCACAGCCACACACACAGCCUAUAUACUUUAACCUUUGGUCCGUACAGUCCACGGCUCGCAACGCCCUGCGGGGCUCGCUGCAGUCUGCAGGCGUCCUGGUAUUUGAUGCAAAAACACGUCCGACACAUAGACACUCGCUGUACAUACAUGUGAACAUGAUGAACUGUUACUGUGAAUGCAAAUGAGUUCAGUCUGCAGCAGGAAAAUGGUGAAGUUUUUGGGUGUGAAGAAAGUCAGGUGAAGCUCGGCGCUGAUUCUGACCCACAGCUGGGGCUUCACUUCCCAGCCAGGUGGGGUAGCAGUUCUGCAGAAUCAGACUGCUGAUUUUGUGGAGCAAAACCACUGAAUUCAUCCACAUUUCUGCCUCCUCUGCACUAUAAACUUUGUAGGUUCAUGGUUUUACACUGGGGAGGCGGAAAAAAGGAGUCCAAUGUUUACAAAACUAUAACAUUAUGUUUGUUUACUACAGGAUGCUUUCACCAACCCAACAGGUUGGGUGAAGCAGUCCUCCACGUGCGCUGUAAAUACCAAGGCGAAAUGCAAACAUGUAACUGACUUAAACAAACUGAAGAAGAAGUCUCUUUAGUGGAUGGUUUCCUUGGUGACUUCUGUCACCCUGACAGAGGCUGAAUUUGCAUGUGCAGUUUACCUCUGUCUGCAUCCACCUGUAAAUGACAUCCCUGCAUCUGUGGGUCAGCUUGGGUAACAGAGUCUCUGCUGUACAGAGCAGAGAGGCAGGCGGAGCUGAGGAUGCACGCACAGGCAGCUGAGAAGCUUCCAGAAAAAACUUGAUUGCAAAAGCAACUAAAACUCUGCAGCAUUCAAACAGCAAAGGAUGUCUUAGGGAAAACACCGAAGCAGUAUUAAAGCUUUCACAAACGACCCCAAGCUGCUCUUUGUUUAACACGUGCCCAGUGUUAGAUCUGUUGACUGAAACAUGCGGGGUUGGCUGUAAUUCUUAGAGAUCUCGAGUCUAAACAGGCUUAGAAAAAAUGACAGUUUUAAGGGAGGAACGUUGAUACAGGCAGCAGAGGAACUUCGUUUUUCAAAGACCUGUCUGUGUGCUGCUCUGUAUUUGCAUAGCAGCCAUGGAAAGUAGUACUAUAGCAGUGCACGCCACAUCUUACUUAACCAUAACAUCCGUUAACACCAAAAACAAUCUGACAGAUCUGAUUAGUUUACCCACAUUAACAAAACUUUGUAAACUUUCUAGAAGUGAUUUUCUAGGUCGUCUCCUUUUGUAUUUCUGACCAACCUGUAGAAUAGUACUGCUCUGUAAAUCAAGAGUCGUUGACGCUGUUGCAGAAUUUAGUGGAUUAGGUUUUGAUAUAUUUUGCACUGUGAGGAAGCUGCCCUUUAACCGCCUGAACAGUGUGUGAAAUCAUCUGCUGUCUGCGUUCUGUUUUUAUUAAUGAGGAGAAGAGCUGCCGUUUGGAGGUUUGAUGCACGUCAGGACAGAGUUCACCCUGUUUGAAUGUUCUUGCGGUCCGGUGUUGCAGUGUUGGUCGUCUCCCUUUGUGCAUCUCGGUCUUGUGAAGGAGGGCUUUAUUUCUGUAAGUAGCAUGUUUACAUGAUGAAACGCCAAGGAACGAUGCCGCUUCUCGCCUGCAGGUCUGUCUGACCUGGAGGCUCAGCAGCCGGACACAGAGUUUCCAACAAUUCGCUGCGUUUCCAUGAAAUUCUGUACUAACUGUGGGCUUCGGCCUUUUGCUGUUCUGUAGCUAGAUGUGAUGCCUCCCUCUUCCAGAGUUCCCCUCUCUCUGUGUUCCCCCUCCACCUUCCCUCGUCCUCCGUGUUCCUCCGUGUUCCUCCGUGUUCCUCUGCACAUGCAUGUUGAGUCCCCGUGUGUUUGCAGCAUGGUCUACUGUGACGGAUGCCUGUAGGCAAACUUUACUCGAUCCUUCACUUUUAAUUUAUUUGCAAACUGUUUUGAAUCAUGCCCACACACAAAAACACACACGCAGACUAACACACACACAUAGUUUUCUUUUUGUCACACAAGUACACUCACAAUAAGUUUGGGAUAAGGUUAUUUACAUGUGUGCUUUUCCUGUUUGGUCUGAAUUUUAAAGAAAGUUCCCUUUGAUAUUAUUAAUAAUGAAUGAGAAGAAACACGAGGUUUGAUAUUUGUUACCCUGAAAAUUAGGACAAUAUAAAAGAUAGCCUCAAAUAACAACCAUUGACCGUAUCAAUAGCAGGUAAUCCCACCAUUCGCUGCACUAACAGCUUGACAGCAACGUCUCCUGCUCCUCACUAACCUCAUGAUGGUGUUCUGAGGCGUUCCACUCUUCCCCAAGUGCUACAUUCAGGUCUGACAAGUCACUUGGGGUUUGGGAGCCAUCAUCCAGACGUACUCUAUGGGCUUCAUGUCAGGGGUCAUUGCUGGCCAUAACAUAUGAGCCACUCCCACGUCCUGAAGUCCAACUCUGACAACUCUGGCACCAUGUGGUGGAGCAUUAUCCUCCAUGAACAGAAAGUUGGGCGUUUGAUGAUGGAGUUGGAGGAUGAUGAUGGUCCUAUGAUGUCACUGAGGUUAGAAUGUGGAGUUACAUCGACAACAACUUGGUAAUGCCUGACCAGACUGUUCCACUUCUCUCCCAAAGCCAACCCUGGAAACCAUGUUGACAUUGGCGUAUUGCUCACCUCGCCUUCUUUAGCCACGCUGACGACCAUUUCUGUACACGGUGACCCGACGCUCAUCAUGGAACAGGACGGUAAACUAUUGCAGAAUUGUCCAGGUCACAUGGUCUUGUACUGCAAACAUUCAUGGCAGUGUCUCUGUGUCAGUGAAGUCACCUGCAGCGGUCAUCUGUCAUUCUAGUCAAAGCGAUGGAGUCGGUUGUGAAUGGUUUGUCUGGAAACCUUAGUGCCCCUCACAUCUGGCAAACGGCCUGCAGCUGUGUGGCGUUUACUAAACCAUGUCUGAAGAGGUCCUUAGGUUCUGGUCACUGGCAGGGCUCUACUCCUAGAUCUGUCACAAACUUUGCCAGUAAUUCUGAAUCUUGAUGCACGUCUGCUGAUGGCACUUUGAGACGAGUUCAUCUUCAACACCUGACUGUCUACUUCCAACACAAUGGGUGGCACUGCUCAACCGCUCCGUGCCGUUGUGUAUUCAUGGCUGUUGGAAUGAAGAACCAGGGUUAAUUUUCUGGCUAAAUCAGCAUUUUAGACCCACAGAAUUCAUUUCAAAAAUCUUUUUGUGUUUUCCUUUCAGAACUUUUGUCAGACAAUUAUGUGGAAAACAUCAAAUCGAUCGAGAAUCACAAAAUCUGUGAAGUGAAACAAACGCUGUUUAUGACAGUUUUUCACAAUAUCCCAAACUUAUUGUGAGUGUUGAAAAUGGUCAAUUUGAACAUAUCUCAGCGUCACAGCGAGUUCGACAGACUUCGGAAAAAGUAGAUCCCGACAUUUUUUACUUUCAUUGGUCGGAUUUAAAAAAAAACAGCUUGAUGAAAAAUGACAGACAAAAAGGAAAUAAUUUAUUGUUUGUUCGAAUUGUGAUUUUAGUGUCUUAUUCAUAUGUUUUUUUAAAGUCUUUUUAGUUUAACUUUUUUGUAAAGCACUUUAAAAUACCUCAAGUAUACUUUUAUUGCUCUACAUUCAUAAACAAAACAGCAUAAACAUUAAUACAAGCACCCCCUUAAGAAACACAUACACUCGUAUAAACACACAGAUGUACAUUAUUUAUUAUUUAAAAUCAGUCAAACAAAAAAACAAGCGCAGACUUACAAAAACACACACCCACAUGAAGAUAAUCACACAGACUCAAACUCUUGGUUGUCUGCUGCCCCUCCGUCAAAAACAGACCCUGCUGUUUGUGCAGCGUCCCCCGGUCAUCUUUGUUUGUUGGUGUCCAAUAUUUCUGUGUAAGUGUUCAACCCCACCCCCCACCCCCCCACCCAGCUCUUCAGUGUGUCUCUCUGUGAAGUUGUUUACUGUGAUGAUGAAAAUUUCUCUUUGCCUAAAUCUUUUUAGGGAAUAUACAACUGACUUGUUAUUACGAUAUGGUGUGAUAGACAUAUACAUUUAUUCACUAUUGUAAUAAAGUAACUAAAGAUUAUAUUUAAUUUUUGUUAUGAAAUUUAAAAAAAAACUCUGAAAAAAUGUCAGUUUUUUUUUUAACAUGGCAUGAGGUGUAAUGUGUUAAUGGAAGAACAUGAAGGUCUUUAAUCAAGUGAACCUGACCUUAGUUAAAUAUAAUUUAUCUAUUUUCAAGGUG